UAGCUAGACUAGGGUCUAGCUGGCGUUCUGGAGAAGCUACAGUACAUACGUGGAGUAGGCAUCUUCGCGCAAACUCCUUCGCAUCGUGCAGACCUAGGCAGGCUUGCUAUUUCGUGGUCAAAGGUCGCACCAACACAAUUUCUGUCCGUCGGUCGAAAAGGUCACUUGUCCUAUUACGAGACGCAAUCAUCUACCAAUAUAUACCCGAAUCGCAAUCUGUUUUCAACGUUUCCCGCAAUUUAAUCUACCCCUCUAUCCUUCUUCGGACGUGAUCAGCUCUCACAAAGCUAUCGGUUACCAAUUUUCGGUCCAUCGACCCAAACUCGACCAGGAGAUACGGAAAUCUGACUAUUUUACUUUUUUCAAAGCUGUUAGCAAAUCCGGUCGCUAUGAGCGCUUCCCAGGACCACCACGCGACGGUCAAGGCGACCUUCGGGCAGAGGGCAGCGAAAACGGACCACCCUCUCGCCGCUUACCUUUUACGUUUGAUGGAGCUAAAGCAGUCCAACCUCUGCUUAAGUGCCGAUGUAUCCAAUGCCCGAGAAUUACUUCAGUUGGCUGAUGCAAUUGGUCCGUCCAUUGUCCUAUUCAAGACACAUUAUGAUCUCGUUGCAGGGUGGGAUUACCACCCCAAGACUGGCACCGGUGCCAAGCUCGGUGCUCUGGCGAGGAAACACGGCUUCCUUAUUUUUGAGGAUAGGAAAUUUGGUGAUAUUGGUCACACCGUUCAGCUACAGUACACGGCGGGUACUGCACGCAUCAUCGACUGGGCUCACAUCGUGAAUAUAAACAUGAUUCCCGGGAAGCCAGCAGUGAAGGCGCUGGCCGAAGCAGCUAAGCACUGGCGGUCCCGUGUUAACUAUGAGGUGAACACAUCCGUCACAGUCGGCACUCCUGUGUCCGAUUCCUUCAAUGAUAACGGCGACGACGACGACGAGGUGGCGGAGGAAGAAGCUGACACAGUGGGAGCCAUGCAUCCUCACCCCCCGUCGACUCAGCAUCGUGACUCCAACAGCACUGGCAGAAAAGGUAGCAUCGUCUCUAUUACCACGUUAACACAAUCCUUCGAGCCAGUCGACUCGCCACGCUUCGCGACCACAAUAGCUGAAGGAGACGAGUUAGUAUAUGCUGGGAUUGAAGAACCCCCAUGGGAACGUGGGCUCUUGAUACUGGCGCAGAUGUCGAGCGCAGGCAACUACAUGACACCCGAAUAUACACGCGCGUGUCAAGAGGCUGCGCGUGAGAACAAGGACUUCGUUAUGGGAUUCAUUUCCCAGGGAACCCUCAACACGGAACCUGAUGAUAACUUCAUUUCUAUGACACCUGGUGUUCAGCUUCCCCCUGAAGGCUCGGAAGAUGAGACGAUAGCCGGAGAUGGCAUGGGCCAACAAUACAACACGCCGACCAAAUUGAUUGGCGAUGCUGGGAGUGACAUUAUCAUCGUCGGUCGAGGCAUCCUCAAGGCUGGGGCCCCACGAGCGGAAGCCGAGCGGUAUCGAAGACGAGCAUGGAAAGCGUACUUGGCUCGGACAGGGCAACGUACAUGAAGAUGAAGAAUGUUUCCAGGAUAAUGGCGUAACGAAGCUUGGCAGCCUCUCCUAUCUCCUGUUUAAGGGAUUAUUGGAGCCUGGAGUUAGGAUUUCCAAGAUGGGUCUAGACUUCAAAAGGGCAUAUAUCAAUAGGCAUAAAGAAUCGCGAACACAAUAGCACAAGGCGAGCUUGGAUGUUUCUUAUUACAAACCCAUGGAGGUAGAAACGAUAGCUCCCGAGAGCAGCUCCUCAAUGGCGUAACAUAGGCCCUUCGUGACAACAGGAGUAGAACACUAGGUAUAUAUACCUGCCUGCUCGCCUGCCUAGGUACCUAGGUAAUUGGGUAAAACAAUAUCG